AAGCAAAUGGUGAAUACAAACCUGUGUCCAUAUACAAGUACUUGUAUACAAGUACUCCAUAUACAAGUACUUUCUCCCUGUCUUUGGUGUACUAACACUGACUCUCUUGUCCCUCUCUCCUCCUCCUUUCUCCUCUCUCCCUAUCUCCUCCUCUCCUCUUUCCCUCCCUCCCUCCAGGUCUAACUGGUUGAAGCCGUGCUGUGGUCGGAGGGUAGCCUUGUGGCAGGUGUGUCUGCUCAGUGCAGGCUUCAACUGUUUCCUGGUGGCACUGGUCAUCCUGGUGGUGGUCUUCUUAACCGUGGAACUCCUCAUAGACACCAAGCAUCUACAAUGUAACUAUCCUUAGCAUUGACAGUAAAGGAAUAUCCUUAUACACUGUGUGCUAGUGACUCUAGAAAGUUAGGCUUGGGUAGUCCUGUGCUCCCUUGAUCCUGUGACCCAUGUUUUGGGAAUACAGCUCAUAGAGACAAUUAUCAUGAUACUGCAUUAACAUGCGUUCCAACCUUAUAUACAACUGUUUUAUAAACAUGAUUACAUUUCUUACCAAAGAGAGGAAAGUAAGGAGACUGAAAGGCCCAUAUUAGAGAGAAACAGCAUUGCCAGCCGGGAUAGUAAAUGACUCUAUGAACUAGUCUCUACUCAACAGCACUGACUGUCUGGGCAGGUGUCAUCAUUGAUUACAUUAUGGGCUGUAAGCCAAGGUUGCGUCCCAAAUGGUACCCUAUCCCCUACAUACUGCACUACUUUUGACCAGAGCCCUUUGGGCCCUGAUAAAAAGUAGUGCACAAUAUAGGGAAUAAGGUGCCAUUUGAGACGCACCCCAAGAGACAGGUCAGUAUUGAUAGCUGAUUCUCGCUCCACUCCACUCUGCUCUGCUCUGGGGACUACAGGACACCAGUCACUUCAGAUGCAUUACCAUAGAUUCUGACUGUCCUGGCUGUCCUGUUGCCAGCUCUGGAAAGACAAAUGGAGGGAGUGGGAAGGAGGGAAUUAGUGUUGGAGGAGAUGGAGAGGUACAGGUUGGCACAUGGAUUAAUGGAGGGAGAUACAGAGAGGGAUAAAUGGGCUGAUGGACCGAUGGAGGGGGAAGGAGAAGAAGAGAGGGGGGAGGGAGCGUUUACAACACUGUUAGAUGGAAAUGAGGAAUAGUGGUAAAAGGCAUGAUCAUUUCAUAUCUACGCACCAUUUAUCUGCCAGAUUUUGAUCGAUUCCAUCAAGACCAAGCAGUAAAGGAGUCACCAUCCUUUAAGAUACACAUUUUUCUCUUCUCUUGUUAUUUAUUCCAGUUGCCAAUGCUGUUCAAUUUGCCAGCAUCAUCCAUUGGAUCAGCCUUGCCAUCCUUUCACUCUUCUUCACUGAGGUAAGAAUGACACACACACACACACACACACACACACACACACACGGUUGAAUAAUAAUUAAAGAGGAGGUUAACAAGGUUUAGGGCUUGGGUUACAGUCAUAUGAUCCACCCAACACCUUAUAACACCUUUGCUCCCUGACACUAUAGAUGAAAGGUGUCAGAUUGGAAUGUUAUUCAAGGUCUAUAUAUUAAAAACUAAACUAUAGUUACUGUAACUAUAGGAACAUUGACUCAUUAAAUGGUCACCAUCUGCUUCCAAUCCACCAAUCAGAGAGCAGGACCCUAAAAAGGGAAUGUCCCUCUCUGCUUCUCUCUGACAGUGGAGCCGUUGUUUUCAUAAUGUGCUACUGCAUGAUGAAUGAGACAGGCCACUUUUCCAUUGUCACCCUUUCAGCAUGAUUAGAUUGUAACUCUAUCAUCCACCUUUUCCAAAUAAAGGACCAUCCCAACCCAACACUAGUGUGUGUUACUGUACAUAAUGGAUCAGGGAAGAUCAGACAACUAGGAGGGCCAUUGUACAGUGUCCAGGAUCAAUAUCCUUUUCCCACCCUCCCCUGACAUUCUGAUCGAUCGAAAGACUUGUAAAAAGUAUCCUUCAAAGAUUUGAUAUGUUACUUUCUGUGACCAUGUAGAAAAGGAAGGCUUGAGCUGAAGAAAGCCCACAUUCACAGCAGCAGUAUAUAAAUGGAGACUGUAACCUUUUUUUGUCCAUAUCCAAAUGACUCUUCAGAAUGUGUUAUAGAUGUGUUGAAACCUGAGGAGAGUGACAAUGUUUUGCAUGUCAUGGGAGAGGUUGUAUUGAGCUUUUUUCCUCCCCUUCCAUCCAUUCUCUCUCUCCCUCUUUUCACAGACUGUCUUCAGGAUUGUCGUCCUUGGGAUUUGGGACUACAUUGAGAACAAAGUAGAGGUAAGAUUAAUUUAGCAAGCUUCAUAGCAAGUAAUGAAAAUAUAGUAACUUUCCCUCGAGAAAUCAUGAGUUUUAUCAUUGAACAAAAAAACUAUUUCCAUAAAUCAAUUCACGACAGUUGUUAAAUGUUAAAUGCUGCCAAAAAGUCUGUGUGCAUUGCAAAUGUCCUCACAUAAUAAACCUCAGACAAUGUAAUCUCUUCUAAUGACUGUGUAGAAUGGACAAAGAUGACUAGUCUGUGACAGUGUAGCAUGUGAUGUGUGUGUGUUUGUGUUUGUGUUUGUGUGUGUGUACUCAUGCCUGCAGGUGUUUGAUGGGGCGGUCAUUGUGCUGUCCCUGGCCCCUAUGGUAGCCUCCACGGUAGCCAACGGCCCCAGCAGCCCCUGGGACGCCAUCAGCCUCAUCAUCACCCUGCGCAUCUGGAGGGUCAAGAGAAUCAUCGACGGUGAGACCGAGGACGGAGCAGACCAGACGCUCCCUUGUGUCCCUGCCUCCCCUGUCUGUCUGUCUGUCUGUCUAUCUGUCUGUCAAAGCCCUGCUGGAGGAUGUCUUACUAGAGUCAUUCAUGACCUAGGUGUAGUCAUCGUCCUUCUCAGUCAACAGCUUUCCUUAGUGUUCUUGGUAUUACUCUUAGAUGGACGGUUAGUUAGUUAGGACUGGCUCUAGUGAGAUAUUAUUGCAAAAUGUGAAACAACCUUACGUUGUACCAAUUGAUGAGUUUGAACUUCAACUAUCAGUCCUUAAUUAUUACACCUGACUGAUCUUCUACAAGAGGGACUACGACUGUGAUACUUGGUUGUCUCACCUAGCUAUCUUAAGAUGAAUGCACUUUGUAAGUCGCUCUGGAUCAGAGCGUCUGCUAAAUGACAAUAAUGACAAAAAUGUUUUUUUUAUUUACAAUUUUAGCGCUAAAUUCGAAAAUAUCAUACUUCACCUAAGGAUGAUAAAGUCUAUUGCUUAUUCAAUACACGAUUGGUGAAUCAAUCCUGCAAUGACAACACGACCCCAUUCUCCCCAUGAUUAUACACAUUAUUUACUAUUCAGAACAAUAUAGUUAUUGAUCAUCCCUCGGAGUAAAUUGCCACCCAUUCUCCUACUUAAACUGGUAUUGAUCCAAAGCCCUGUUUAAACAGAUUCAGAGAAGCCAUGAUAAUGACUAUACCAGCUGUUCUACAUUAUGCUAAUGUAACGCUGAUCGAUUUCUAACAGGAGGUCACCCUCAGUCUCAGUGAGAGCUGUGCAUGUAUGAUCAACCUACAGACCUCAGUCUCUCUAGCUAUAGACAGUAUACUUACAUGACCUCACCAUCAGCUCUGCAUGUAUGAUCGACCAAUCUCCAGACCAGAAACAGUGUACAUACAGUACAUGACCUCUGUAGUCUACAUGAGAGCUACAUAGGCCUACAUACCCUGAGUGUACAAAACAUUAAGGACACCUACAAUUUCCAUGACAUAAGAUGGAACAGGUAAAUCCAGGUGAAAGCUAUGAUCCCUUAUUGGUGUCACUUGUUAAAUCCACUUUAAUCAGUGUAGAUCAAGGGGAGGAGACAGGUUAAAGAAGGAUUUUUAAGUCUUGAGACAAUUGAGACAUGGAUUGUGUGUGUGCAAUUCAGAGAGUGAAUGGGCAAGACAAAAUAUUUAAGUGCCUUUGAAUGGGGUAUGGUAGUAGGUGCCAGGCGCACCGGGGCGGCAGGUAGCUUAGUGGUUAAGGAGCAUUGUGCCAGUAACUGAAAGGUCGCUGGUACUAAUCCCCGAGCUGACUAGGUGAAAUAUCUGUCGAUGUGCCCUUGAGCAAGGCACUUAACCCCAAUUGCUCAUGUAAGUCGCUCUGGAUAAGAGCAUCUGCUAAAUGACUAAAAUGUCAAUGUAAAAUGUUUGCAUCAAGAACUGCAAUACUGCUGGGUUUUUCAUGCUCAACAGUUUACCGUGUGUAUCAAGAAUGGUCCACCAGCCAACUUGACACAACUGUGGGAAACAUUGGCGUCAACAUGGGCCAGUAUCCCUGUGGAAUGCUUUCCACACCUUGUACAGUCCAUGUCCCGACGAAUUGAUGCUAUUUUGAAGGUGUCCUUAAUGUUUUCGUACACUCAGUUUAAGAGCUACAUAGAAUCUGAAAUACUGUACAUAUAGUUUGUACUAGUAUUAUUGCCAAUCCAGGUGAAAUUAACUAAUUUAUCAGCUCUGCUUUGAUGCUAAAUCCGAUAUUAGCAUUUUGAGAAAGUAAGUUAAAAUCCAACACUAGUCAUAUCAGAAAAUGGGGCAGUAAUCAUAAUGCGGUACAUCUAAAGCAUGUUAAGUCGUUUUUAGACGUCAACAGAAGAAACGCCCAACAGCAUUGAUUAAUUCUGCAGCAAUACAAUCAUCAACAAAACAAUGCAAUCACUUUAGAGAACAACUUAGUACUUCACAUUCGUUCAGAGUAUCUGUCUCCAGGGCAUGAGCUCUUGAUUUUCUUCAACCUGUUUGUUUAGAUGUGUUUGAGUGAUUGAGUUGGGUAGUUAGGCAGCCAGCCACGCUUAGCAAGAAAAUCAAACUCGCACCAAUACAGUAAGUGCUGGAGAGUCGAGAGCAACAUCGAUUACACACCAAGAAAAGUAAUAAGAUAGAAUACAUUCUUUCCUUUCAUCUCUCACUAAAAAAGUAUCAGAUAGAUGGAUGGAGAGAGAGAGAGCGAGAGAGAGAGAGAGAGAGAGAGAGAGAGAGAGAGAGAGAGAGAGAGAACACACGUUUCCCAUGCCAAUAAAGCCCUUAAAUUGAAUUGAAAUUGAAUUGAGAGAGAGAGAGAGAGAGAGAGAGAGAGAGAGAGAGAGAGAGAGAGAGAGAGUCAGAGAGAGAGACAGAAAUAGAGGGAGGGGGAGAGAAAGAGAUGGAGAGAGAGAGAGAGAGAGGUGUGGAGGCCAGGGGCUUUGCACUUGGCCUGAGCUGAGAGGAGAGGUGAGAGUGGAACAGGCUUUUGUGACGGAGGUGCUGUGGAAUCAACCAUGGUGCGAAUUACACUGCUGCUCGGCAUGUCCUGCCAUGCCAGCAGCUGUCAGCAGUCACACACGCACACACACAGUACACCAGCCGUCUUUGACAUGCUUAUUAUAGCCAUGCACAAAUUGGGCAGCUAAUAAUCCCCCACUUCAGCUUCCCCUUGGUGAAUGUGAAUUUGGCUGUGCCUGCCUGCCCCCUCUGCUCUGCUCCCCUUGUUGAGUAUGAGUUCUGCUGUGCCUGUCUCCCCCCUCUGCUCUCCCCCUCCCUCCCCAGCCCUGAGUUCCGCUGUUUCUUCCUCCCCCCUCUGCUCUCCCUCCCCAUGCGUUCUGCUGUGCUGUUCCGGCCUGCCCCCUCUGGUGUCUCCCUCCCUGUCCCUGCAUGUUCACAUCAACAGCUCUAUUAAUAGGCUAUGGGAGAGCAGAGCAGAGCUGCUGGAGAGAGAUGGCUGCAGGCACUGCCUGCUGUCAGUAGUUCACUAGUAGGUCUGUAGAGGGCUUGGUUAUUCACUCUGCUGCUACACAAAAAAAGUCCCAGUCUGUAUGGCCUAGUAAUCUGGCCCUAAACAGGAAAAUCAGCCGUAGCAGAAGAGGAGAUGUGCACUAAGGUCACUGUGUAGAACAGAAGAGGGAAUAUGACUCAGCUGAAGUCAAUACCAGAGCAUGUGGACUUCUGUGUCUUGUGUGCGUAUAUAUCAUACGUAUUGGAGGUCCUCAGAAAUACGUAUAGUAUGUUUCGUAUGGCUCUGAGGCCAGGCUGUGUGUGCAUGUGUUUGGUUUUGAGUGAAGAUAUGGUCUAAUCCCUUUCUCUCUCCCUCCCCUAUCUCUUCUCUCUCUUUCUGUCUCUUCUCUCUAUCUCUCUCUCUCUCUAUCUGUCUCUUCCCUCUCUCUCUAUCUGUCUCUUCUCUCUCUAUCUGUCUCUUCUCUCUCUCUCGUCUCUUCCCUCUCUCUAUCUGUCUCUUCCCUCUCUCUAUCUGUCUCUUCUCUCUCUAUCUGUCUUUCUCUAUCUGUCUCUUCUCUCUCUCUCUCUAUGUCUCUUCUCUCUCUCUCUAUCUGUCUCUUCCCUCUCUCUCUAUCUGUCUCUUCCCUCUCUCUCUAUCUGUCUCUUCUCUCUCUCUACUGUCUCUUCUCUCUCCUCUCUCCUAUCUGUCUUCUUCUUCUCUUCAUUAUCUUUCUCUACUCUAUUUCUCUUCUUCCUCUAUCGUUCUUCCUGUCUCUUCCUCUUCUCUCUAUCUGUCUCUUCCUUCUUCUUCCUCCUAUCUGUCUCUCUCUUCUCUUUCUCUCUAUCUUCUUCCCUCUCUCUAUUGUCUCUCCUUCUCUAUCUGUCCUUCCUCUAGUCUUCUCUUAUGUCUUCUACUGUUCUUCCUCAUCGUCUCUUCUAUCUUCUCUAUCUGCUAUCUUUCUCUUUCUUUCUUCUUAUCUGUCUUUCUCUCUCUAUCUGUCUCUUCCCUCUCUCUCUAUCUGUCUCUUCUCCCCUCUCUCUAUCUGUCUCUUCCCUCUCUCUAUCUGUCUCUUCUCUCUAUCUGUCUCUUUCUCUCUCUAUCUGUCUCUUCUCUCUCUAUCUGUCUCUUCUCUCUCUCUAUCUGUCUCUUCCCUCUCUCUAUCUGUCUCUUCCCCUCUCUAUCUGUAUCCUCCCUCUCUCAGCCUAUGUGUUACAGGUGAAGGUAGAGAUGGAGCUGGAGAUCCUGCAGUGUGAGAAGACCAAGGCUGUCAGGGAGGAGCAGCUGGAACGACUCACACAGAUCUGCCAGGAACAGGCUGUAAGUCCCACCACCAUCACCUCACAGAUAGCGUUGAGGCUAGGGUUGAAGCUAGGGCUAGGGUUAAGGUUUUGGUUGAAGCUAGGUUGCGGUUGAGGCUAGGGCUAAGGUUGAACCAGGAUUUGAACAUUAAGGUAGGGUUAGGGUUAGGGCUGUGGUUAAGGAUAGGGUUAGGGUUGAACCGGGAUGUGGAAAUGAAGGUAGGAUUAGGGUUAGGGCUGUGGUUACGGCCAGGGUUAGGGUUGAACCGGGAUGUGGACAUUAAGGUAGGAUUAGUGUUAGGGCUGUGGUGGAGCUUAGGGUUAGGGUUGAACCGGGAUGUGGACAUGAAGGUAGGAUUAGGGUUUGGGCUGUGGUUACGGCUAGGGUUAGGGUUGAACCGGGAUGUGGACAUGAAGGUAGGAUUAGGGUUUGGGCUGUGGUUACGGCUAGGGUUAGGGUUGUACCGGGAUGUGGACAUGAAGGUAGGAUUAGGGUUAGGGUUGUGGUUGACCCUAGGGUUAGGGUUGAACUGGGAUGUGGACAUGAAGGUAGUAUUAGCGUUAGGGUUGUGGUUGACCCUAGGGUUAGGGUUGAACCAGGAUGUGGACAUGAUGCUAGGGUUAGGGUUGAGGGUUAAGGUUGAACCGGGAGGCAAACAUGAAGCUAGGGUUAGGGUUGUGGUUGAGGGUUAGGUUUAAAGUUGAACCAGGAUGUGGACCUGAAGCUAGGGUUAGGGUUAGGUAUCCUGGAUGGAUAUAGAUCUCAUUCCGUCAGUAGAGGAUGCCUGGUUGUUCCUUAAAAGUAAUUUCCUCUCAAUCUUAAAUAAACAUGCCCCAUUCAAAAAAUACAGAACUAAGAACCGAUAUAGCCCCUGGUUCUCCUCAGACUUGACUGCCCUUGACCAGCACAAAAACAUCCUGUGGCGUACUGCAUUAGCAUCAAAUAGCCCCCGCGAUAUGCAACUUUUCAGGGAAGUUAGGAACCAAUAUACACAAGCAGUCAGGAAAGCAAAGGCUAACUUUUUCAAACAGAAAUUUGCGUCCUUGUAGCACUAACUCCAAAAAGUUUUGGGACACUGUAAAGUCCAUGGAGAAUAAGAGCACUUCCUCCCAGUUGCCCACUGCACUGAGGCUAGGAAACACUAUCACCACCGAUAAAUCUACAAUAAUCGAGAAUUUCAACAAGCAUUUUGCUACAGCUGGCCAUGCUUUCCAUCUGGCUACCACUACCCCGGCCACCAACUCUGCACCCUCCGCUGCAACUUGCCCAUGCCCCCCCCGCUUCUCCUUCACACAAAUUCAGACAGCUGAUGUUUUGAAAGCGCUGCAAAAUCUGGACCCCUACAAAUCAGCUGGGCUAGACAAUCUGGACCCUUUCUUUCUAAAACUAGCCGCCGAAAUUGUCGCAACCCCUAUUACUAGUCUGUUCAACCUCUCUUUCAUAACGUCUGAGAUCCACAGAGAUUGGAAAUCUGCCGCGGUCAUCCCCCUCUUCAAAGGGGGUGACACUCUAGAUCCAAACUGCUACAGACCUAUAUCAAUCCUGCCCUGCCUUUCGAAAGUAUUUGAAAGCCAAGUUAACAAACAGAUCACCGACCAUUUCGAAUACCACCGUACCUUCUCCGCUAUGCAAUCCGGUUUCCGAGCUGGUCAUGGGUGCACUUCAGCCACGCUCAAGGUCCUAAACGAUAUUAUAACCGCGAUUGAUAAUAGACAGUACUGUGCAGCCGUCUUCAUCGACCUGGCCAAGGCUUUCAACUCUGUCAACCACCGCAUUCUUAUUGGCAGACUAAAUAGCCUUGGUUUCUCAAAUGACUGCCUCGCCUGGUUCACCAACUACUUCUCAGAUAGAGUUCAGUGUGUCAAAUCGGAGGGCCUGUUGUCUGGACCUAUGGCAGUCUCUAUGGGGGUGCCACAGGGUUCAAUUCUUGGGCCGACACUUUUCUCCGUGUAUAUCAAUGAUGUCGCUCUUGCUGCUGGUGACUCUCAGAUCCACCUCUACGCAGACGACACCAUUUUGUAUACAUCUGGCCCUUCAUUGGACACUGUGUUAACAAACCUCCAAACGAGCUUCAAUGCCAUACAACACUCCUUCAGUAGCCUCCAACUGCUCUUAAACACUAGUAAAACUAAAUGCAUGCUUUUCAAUCGAACGCUGCUGGCACCCGCCCACCCGACUAGAAUCACCACUCUCGACGGGUCUGACCUAGAGUAUGUGGACAACUACAUAUACCUAGGUGUCUGGUUAGACUGUAAACUCUCCUUCCAGACUCACAUAAAGAAUCUCCAAUCCAAAGUUAAAUCUAGAAUCGGCUUCCUAUUUCGCAACAAAGCCUCCUUCACUCAUGCUGCCAAACACGCCCUCGUAAAACUGACUAUCCUACCGAUCCUUGACUUCGGCGAUGUCAUUUACAAAAUAGCCUCCAACACUCUACUCAGCAAAUUGGAUGUAGUCUAUCACAGUGCCAUCCGUUUUGUCUCCAAAGCCCCAUACACUACCCACCACUGUGACCUGUACGCUCUUGUUGGCUGGUCCUCACUACAUGUUCGUCGUCAAACCCACUGGCUCCAGGCCAUCUAUAAAUCACUGCUAGGCAAAUCCCCGCCUUAUCUUAGCUCAUUGGUCACCAUAGCAGUACCCACCCGUAGUCUGCGCUCCAGCAGGUAUAUCUCACUGGUCAUUCCCAAAGCCAACACCUCCUUUGGCCGCCAUUCCUUCCAGUUCUCUGCUGUCAAUGACUGGAACGAAUUGCAAAAAUCUCUGAAGCUGGAGACUCUUAUCUCCCUCACUAACUUUAAGCAUCAGUUGUCAGAGCACCUUACUGAUCACUGCACCUGUACACAGCCCAUCUGAAAUUAGCCCACCCAACUACCUCAUCCCUAUAUUGUUAUUUAUUUUGCUCUUUUGCACCCCAGUAUCUCUAUUUGCACAUAAUCUCUUGCACAUCUAGCAUUCCAGUGUUAAUACUAUUGUAAUUAUUUUUGCACUAUAGCCUAUUUAUUGCCUUACCUCUAUAACUUGCUACAUUUGCACACACUGUAUAUAUAUUUUCUGUUGUAUUUUUGACUUUAUGUUUUUUUACCCCAUAUGUAACUCUGUGUUGUUUUUAUUGCACUGCUUUGCUUUAUCUUGGCCAGGUCGCAGUUGUAAAUGAGAACCUGUUCUCAACUGGCUUACCUGGUUAAAUAAAGGUGAAAUUUAAAAAAAUAAAAAGGGAUGUGGUUGAGGCUAUUUCAGAUUUCCAGAGGCUGCAAUUACAAUUGCUACCAGCGGGGGGCAGUAACACUUCACAGAAGAGUUCAAUGUGUUGCCUAUGCAUUUUCAACAGACAUCAGAGAUGAUGUAGUGUUUCCUUCAAAUUGUUGUUACAAUAUUCAAUGAUUUUCAAAUCAGUAAAAAACAGGCUCAAGAAGUUGAUUUUCUGAUAUUAUGAACCCACAAUACUCAUAAGCACGCAACAUAAUACAGUAAAAUACAUUUGGAAAGAUGUUUCCCAUAUAGAUGAAAACAACAAACAUUUUCCAUGUUAUUAUUUUUUAUCACUGUCACUGGUCACCUAUGAACGUUUGAACAUCUUGAAGAACAAUCUGGCCUUAAUGGCCAUGUACUCUUAUAAUCUCCACCCGGCACAGCCAGAAGAGGACUGGCCACCCCUCAGAGCCUGGUUCCUCUCUAGGUUUCUUCCUAGGUUCCUGCCUUUCUAGGGAGUUUUUCCUAGCUACUGUGCUUCUACUGCUGAUUUAAAAAGGGAUUUAUAAAUACAUUUGAUUUAUUGAUUAAUGACUGCACUCCUCUAGUCAGUUGAACUAAAGGACUACAUUUCAUUCAAAGGCUCAAGGCCCCAAGAUCAAUACAGGGAGAAGCCAUAACUGUACAUCAAUGGAAACAUGUUGUUGUACAAAACAGUCCAGAAAUGAUGGGAUACUCAGUGUAAUGCUGGAAACAAACAGUUCAUGUGUAAUCUGACUGGCUGUUUGUCAAUAUGAGCCAUCAGGCCAGAGGAAACCCCAGUGAAAGCAUUGAUCCUAUAGCUAGUAAUAUAACCACUUAGCCUGCAGAAUGCCUGGGAUCAUGCUGAAAGGGCCUAUCUGGGACUAAAAGGUUAGGUUAGUCAACACUGUAAUAUUGUUACAUCAAUAAACCAAGAUUUCAGCUAGAAGAAUACAUGUGUGUGUGCCUUUCUCCAGACCAACUCUCUCUCUCUCUGUCUCUCUCUCCCCCCCUUUCUCCCCCUCUCUCUCCCCCCUCCCUCCCUCCCCCUUCUCCCCUGCCCUCUCAGUUUGAGAUCAGACAGCUCCGGGCCCACCUGGCCCAGCAGGACUUGGACCUGGCUGCAGAGCAGGAGGCUGCUAUGCAGAUCCACCAUGUGUGGGGCAAACAGAGGAGCAGCUACCAGGUGGUGGAGGGCCGGGGCCCCGGGGAGUCUGACGACGAGGGACAUGGAGACCUCAGGGAGACCCCAGGAGGUACAGUCACCUAUACUGUACCUAUAAUCAACACUAUAUAUACAGCAGUAUGUGGACACCCCUUCAAAUUAGUGGAUUCGGCUAUUUCAGCCACACCAGUUGCUGUCAGGUGUAUAAAAAAACGAGCACACUACCAUGCAAUCUCCAUAGACAAACACUGGCAGUAGAAUGGCCUUACUGAAGAGCUCAGUGACUUUCAACGUGGUAACGUGAUAGGAUGCCACCUUUCCAACAAGUCAGAUCGUCAAAUUUCUGCUUUGCUAGAGCUGCCCCGUUCAACUGUAAGUGAUGUUAUUGUGAAGUGGAAACGUCUAGGAGCAACAACGGCUCAGCUGCGAAGUGGUAGGCCACACAAGCUCACAGAGUGGGACCGCUGAGUGCUGAGGCGCGUAGCGCGUAAAAAUCGUCUGUCCUUGGUUGCAACACUCACUCGGGAGCUUCAUGAAAUGGGUUUCCAUGGCCGAGCAGCCGCACCCAUACGCAAUGCCAAGCGUUGGCUGGAAUAGUGUAAAGCUCGCCACCAUUGGACUCUGGAGCAGUGGAAACACAUUCUCUGGAGUGAUGAAUCAUGCUUCACCAUCUGGCAGUCCAACGGACGAAUCUGGGUUUGGCGGAUGCCAGGAGAACGCUCCUGUCCGAAAGCAUAGAGCCAACUGUAAAGUUUGGUGGAGGAGGAGUAAUGGUCUGGGGCUGUUUUUCAUGGUUCGGGCUAGGCCCCUUAGUUCCAGUGAAGGGAAAUCUUAACGCUAUAGAAUACAAUGACAUUCUAGACAAUUCUCUGCUUCCAACUUUAUGGCAACAGUUUGGGGAAGGCCCUUUCCUAUUUCAGCAUGACAAUGCCCCCGUGUAUAAAGCGAGUUCCAUACAGAAAUGGUUUGUCGAGAUUGGUGUAGAAGAACUUGACUGGCCUGCACAGAGCCCUGACCUCAACCCCAUCGAACACCUUUGGGAUGAAUUGGAACGCCGACUGCGAGCCAGCCCUAAUCGCCCAAAAUCAGUGCCCGACCUCACUAACACUCUUGUGGCUGAAUGGAAGCAAGUCCCCGCAGUGGAAAGCCUUCCCAGAAGAGUGGAGGCUGUUUUAGCAGCAAAAGGGGGACCAACUCCAUAUUAAUGCCCAUGAUUUUGGAAUGAGAUGUUCGACGAGCAGGUGUCCACAUACUUUUGGUCAUGUAGUGUAUGUCACAUCCAGGGAAACUAGGGCCCAGAGUUUGUCCCAAAUUCUGUCCCUAACUAUAAAGGUAUAUGUAAUACUCCAUACCAUAAUCCUCAGACCAUGAGCUAAAAUAGCUAUUUGAUAUUCUUCUUGGGUAUUGCUAUAUUCUGGACCAAUAAUGAUAAUGAGUCUGAUGAAUACUGCUGUUCCAAGAGGCAGACUAGAAAAGGAACGGACAAAAUCUGUAAAUCCUAAUUAUGAAUUACUUCACCACAGACCAAAAACAGAAUGAACUUGACUAAGUUCUACAUUGGUCUGUUUGGUUGAAAAGGCAUCCUGACACAACCAGGAGAGAGGUUUGUACAUAAAGUAUGUACAUAAUUAUGUGGAACAAAAAGUCCCAACCGAUGUAACAUCAGGUGAAUGGGGUGCCGGAGCAAUGUCAAGCUAAUCUAGCAGCAGUAGCCCUGAGCUAGUCUCCAGGCCCUAGCCUCUUAAAACACUGACGUUAGCUCACAACACCCCUCUGACCGCAGGCAAGGCACGCACACACACACACAACACACAACACACACACAACACCUCUGACCGAAGGCAGUGCAGUAUCAAUAAAAGGGCAGAAAAGCUUUUAGGAUGUGCUGAAACCUGGGGACAACAAGCAUGUUCUCCUAACGGCACGUCACACACAGACACACACACACACAGACACACUCACAAGCAAGCAAGCAUGCACGCAGGCGCACACACACAUGCAGGCAUGCACAUGCACUCACACAAACACACAUGCACGCACCCACACAUGCACGCACACACACACACACACACACACACACACACACACACACACACACACACACACACACACACACACACACACACACACGCAACCACACACACACCCCACCUCAGCCAGGCUGUUUCAGGUACAGAGUGCUCUGUGCAUUGGGCCUUGUUCUGAGGUCUGAGGAGAGAGUGGGCCACUGUGAACAUCUGUUCCUCUUCACCUGGAAACCACAAUAGGGCACCAGGAGAUGCCACACCCCCCCCCAGGGGAUUGUGGGAAAUCUGGCUCUUAGGAACAAGCGUGUUUUUUUUCUCCAGAACAUGGACGAGCCAUUGGGACAGGAGGAGCACUUAGGCUUCAGGCAAGCCUGCAAGGGCAGACCGUGGACUGGGUUAGGACUCCUCACCUCUCUCUCUCUCUCCCCCCUCUCUCUCUCUCCUUCUCUCGCCCGAGGGAUGCCAUCAAAGUGUCAUUCAUUCUUAUUGAGGCACUCUACUGCUAAGUCUAUUUCCUUGUUGAAAACUAAGCUCGUUUCAAAAGGAGGUAGAAAAGGUUAGCAUCAUUUUGUCUAUUGGUCACGAGGGAUUUGUGGUUUUGUCACUUCUCAAGAGAGCAGCUGUAGAUUUUGAGGAACAUACAAAAUUGACCACAAAGAGUUGUGGGUGAAUAGCACAGUACUUGAAUUUCUUUCAGAUCAACUUCUUGGAAGUUCACAUAUUUGUUGUACUGCUGGGGGAAGAGGGCAAAGAAAAAUACAUUUCUUAAAAUCGAGUUAUAUUUCAAUGGCAGGACCAAAAUCCAAUGUGAAUACCUCACUUAAAGGAUACGUUUUAUUUUUUACAACCAAAUCUCUAUUUUUGAUGUAAAUGGAAUGUUAUAGAAGGGUUCAAACACCUUUUUUGUGAUUUCACGUGUUUAUGAGAAACUUACCCCAGACAGCAAAUCACUUCCUCAUCCUCGUUGUGUAGUAUGGGGACCCCAAAAAGUAUGAACAAAGGCUCCAAAAACAAAUAUGUCCUUUUAAAAACGGCAAAGCUCUCAGAGUAGUGAUGCAGGUCUUUAGAUGUUGUACACAUUAAAUUGUGUCAUUCUGAACUUUAUCUGCAACGUUAUAUUCCAUUUUGUUGUGACUCGAGCGAUACCUCUCCGUCCAUUCUACAGGUAACUGCCAAAAUAAAAGAAAUACUUGAGUAAAUGAGGGAUACAAAGUAUACUGAAAGCAUGGGGUGCUUCCACACAGGAAGUUCCAGACACUUGUAGAAUCUAUGCCAAGGUGCAUUGAAGCUUCUCUGGCGGCUCGUAGUGGCCCAGCGCCCUAUUAAGACACUAUGUUGGCGUUUCCUUUAUUUUGGCAGUUACCUGUAGCAGCAGGCUACACAGAGAAUAGAACAGCUGGUUAGGGGAAACAGCUUGAGUCGCGCAAAAGGGAAUGUAACGUUGCGGAUAAAGUUCGUGAUACAACAAUUUCAUGUGUACAACAUCUAAAGACCUGCAUCACUAUACUGAGAGCAAAAAGGACGUAUUUGUUUUUGGAGCCUUUGUUCAAGGUUUUUCGGGGCCCCUAUACUACACAACGAGGAUGAGGAAGUGAUUGGCUGUCUGGGGUAAGUUUCUCAAAAACGUGAAAUUAAAUAAAGGUGUUUGGACCCUUCUAUAACAUGCCAUUUACUGUACAACAAAAAUAGAUUUGGUUGUAAAAAAUAAAACUUAUUCUUUAAAGGUAGCAGAGCUGUGUGACUAUGGCUCUGCUAUCUACAGAUCAUCACAUAAAGUAUUGCACAUGCUUAUUGAUUUAAACAAAACUAAAUGACCUAAAUUAUGUCAGCCCCACUACUUGUGGUCCUCUGUAGCUCAGCUGGUAGAGCAUGGCGCUUGUAACGCCAAGGUAGUGGGUUCGAUCCCCGGGACCACCCAUACACAAAAAAUUUAUGCACGCAUGACUGUAAGUCGCUUUGGAUAAAAGCGUCUGCUAAAUGGCAUAUUAUUAUUAUUAUUAUUAUUAUUAUUAUUCAUAGAUGGAUGGUAGCCUUACUAUUAGAGAGAGAGAGAGAGAGAGAGAGAGAGAGAGAGAGAGAGAGAGAGAGAGAGAGAGAGAGAGAGAGAGAGAGAGAGAGAGAGAAACACGGAGAGAGAGGGAAAGACAGAGAGAGAGGGAAAGACAGAGAGAGAGAGAGAGAGAGGGAGGGGGAGAGACAGAGAGUGAAAGAGAGUGAGUGGGGGCCUUUCAUGUUGUCCAUCCUUUCUUUCUUUCUUUCUUUCUUUCUUUCUUUCUUUCUCUCUGAGACCUCAUCCUCAUGUGUUAUUAAUCACAGAGUGAUUGUCUUGGUCAUGUUUUAGUGAGUGCAAUGCUUCCUCUCCAGGGGUGGCCCUCCCUCCCUCGGAUUAAUAUUUUAGGCUGAAAAAUAAAUGAAAUUACCCGUCAGAGUCUGCUGUGGUCCUGGGGGAGCGGCCCAGGCACUCAGGGUACUUUGGGCACCACUCAGCGGACAAACACAGAGCUCAGGCCCAAUCAAGCGAACACAGAAGAGCAGAUCAGGGCAGAACCAUUCACCACUGAGGCCCUAGCUGGCUGGCUGAGGACACAAAGAGAACUCUAUAUCAAAGUCUGGUUGAUCUCACAUUCACUACUGCACUUGAACCUCACAACACCAUCUUGGUGUGAUUUGGAAACCAUGGUUACGUCGGUAAAGCACCUGUAGACUUGGAUAGAUAGAUAAGAUGUCAGAUGUCCCACCACCUAAAAGUGAAAUGUACUGUUCCCAAAUCUAGGGAUUGCUUUGCAUUGUGUUUACAGUGCAUUGAACAUACUGUAUAUUUUAUGUACAAAGAAAUCAUACAGAUUGGGUCUUUAACCUCAUCAUGUUUCUUUAUCUGUUAUCCAGAUCCUGUUGUCCAUCAUGACGACAUGAACAACUAUAUCAGCCAGUACUACAGUGAACCAAGUAGUGGUGAGUGACUUAGUGGAUCUUGGGUAAAGUGUAGCUGGUAAUGUAUAUGAGGCACCUCUGCUGUAUACCUAUCUUCCCCAGUCUGAUGUCCUGGAUGAUGUGUCAUUUCAGACAUGGGGGGUCCUCGUGUCAUCACCACAGCAGCCAUCGACGUCCACCUCCCUAAGACCCAUUACCCCGCUCACAACAACCCUCUGCUGGGCGUGGAGCGAAUGGGCAGCUCCGUGAAUGUGAGUGACACCUCCACCAGCAUAUCACGGUCCAGCGGCAGUCUGACGGCCCGCCCCCAUAGCCUGAGCAGCCACACCCUGGGCUCGUCUACUACGGACUGCAGCAGCAGCACCAUGGCUAGGGACUACCACACCCAGGCUAGGAACUACAAUUCCCAUACCAAGGCCCGUGGGCCCUAUCUGGACUAUAAGUCCCAGAAGCAGACACCGGACAGGGACUUUAACACCGAGCACUACAACACCCAGGGCCAGCGCUGCUUCCCCCCGCCAUACUGCAGCCCUAUGGGCCUGGGUCUGACCUCAGCCCAGCCUCCCCUCCCACGGGACCCCAGCGUGGUAGUCCAGGAGCUGCUCUCCUCCCUGUCUGAGGACUCCUGUCUGGCCCAGAAAGGCCUGGUGGACCCAGUUAACCUGAAGCUUCCCAGCCCUGCCGGCUCAGCCAAGGCCAGCCCAGAGCUGGAGCACAGGAUCAACAUCUACAACCGGAGGAAUCAGGAGGAUAGCCAGUACCAGAGCCAGGGCCAAGCCGCAGCCACUGUGCUCCUACAGACUAAACCUCUCGUCCACCUGCAGGGCGGCGCGCCUGAGUCCUCUUUGGAGGAGAAGUAUAGGCUACUGGGUCCUGCUGAUGGUCCACUGGGCCGUCUGCCUGAUACAUAGGGUUGAU